UCCCUCCGGCCUAGCCCGUCAGGUCUUGGGCUCAUUCGCGUGUCCCAGAGCUUUCCGAGGAGCGCGCGGAGCCCACUCCCGGCCGGGCGGUGAUUAAUGGAUGGCUGGGAAUUGACGUAUAUAUAUACAUUCAGAAAUGUUUUGCCACCUGAGACCUGUGAGAAGGUUAUGUCUAGAGAAGAGAUUUCCACACUGGUUGCUCUACUCAAGAGCUUUAUCGGGAGCUGAAGCGGUCAAUGCCUUGAGGCCAUUCUAUUUUGCAGUACAUCCAGAUUUCUUUGGACAACACCCCAGAGAGAGGGAAGUCAAUGAAAAUUCUCUUAAGAGAUUAAGUGUCUACUUGGAAAACCUCCAGAAACCAGGCUUCAAGUCUUUGAAACCAACUCAGCUUACAUUUUAUGUGAGAGAAACAGAGCAGAACGCCUCUGAAGGCCAGGAGCCCUUUAGCACAUGUUUAUCUGUUGAACAUAUCCAAAGCUUGAAUUCUAAUGUGUAUUCCCAGCCUCUCAAAGAGGCUAAAAGGAUGUCUGACAGGCCCAUCAAGUGGGACAAGUCUUAUUACUACUUUACUGGAUUCAAGGACCCUCAUGAAGACCUUGAACAAGUCUCAAGAAUGGAAACAACCCUCACAUCCUGGUUAGAUAGCAAUGGGAAAAGUGCAGUUAAAAAGUUGAAGAACAGUUUGCCACUUAGAAAAGAACUAGAUCGCUUAAAAGACGACCUGUCCCAUCAGCUGCAGCUCUCAGACAUCAGGUGGCAGAGGAGCUGGGGCGUCGCCCAUCGCUGUAGCCAACUUCACAGCUUGGGCCGCCUAGCACAGCAGAACUUGGAGACACUUAAAAAUGCAAAGCUUUUUGAAAGAUUACCAAGUUAUUUUGACCUUCGGAGGAGGCUGAUGCUCUUAGAAGACCAAAUAAGCUAUCUUCUAGGUGGCAUACAAGUGGUUUAUAUCGAAGAAUUGCAGCCAGUAUUGACACUUGAGGAGUAUUACUCGCUUCUUGACGUGUUCUAUAAUCAACUGCUGAAAAAGAGAAUACCCUUUCACCCUCGAAGUCUGCGUGGUUUACAAAUGAUCCUUAACAGUGACAGAUACGCUCCAAGCUUGCAUGAACUCGGGCACUUUAAUGUCCCAAGCCUCUGUGACCCAGCAAACCUCCAGUGGUUUAUUCUCACCAAAGCCCAACAGGCAAGAGACAACAUGAAAAGAAAAGAAGAGUUAAAGGUUAUUGAAAAUGAAUUGAUAGAGGCUUCGACGAAGAAAUUUUCUCUGGAAAAGUUUUAUAAGGAGCCCAGUGUUUCUAGUAUACAAAUGGUGGAUUGUUGUAAGAGACUUCUAGAACAGUCACUGCCUUACCUCCGAGGGAUGCACCUGUGCAUUUCACAUUUUUAUUCUGUCAUGCAAGACGGGGACGUUUGUAUUCCUUGGAACUGGAAGGAUGGAGAAGCCGUUAAGUAACACAGGAAGCUGCAUUAUUUUUUGAAGAGACAAGAGACCGUUAAGCUUAUUUAAAUCCACAAUUUAAUAUAACAGUAUUAUUUACAUAUUAUAAGAACAAAGUUUCUAACUGCUGCUCUAAAAGUAGACCUUUUCUAAAAUUAAUUUCUGCUGCAAAACUUGUUUCAAAAGGUUUUCUCUCCCAGUCUUUACGGUGUUUCCUGUCUGAUUGGCAAGACUGGGAACAAAGCUGUCUGUAUAUGGGAACCUACUGUGUGGUAUGUAAGUGAGGGCCCUGCGGACCUGAGUAUAUGUACUCGUAUGUGCGGGAACGUGGGGAAGCGUGACCGGGCCUCAUUCAGUGCAGCUCCGAAGUGAUGGGACUCCGUCAACACACAGCUUUGUAGCUGCAUCUCUUGGGCGGAUACGAACUCGCAUUUUGCAGCCAGCAAGGGACAGCUGCAUCCAAAACAGAAGACUGACGGUCGGCAAAAAUUAGAUAACCAGAUUUUU